AUGGCCUUAUACCUAUCUGACACUUCAUCUACGCUUAGCUCUCCACCUUCAUCUCCUAAACCACCGUUAGGAUUCUAUUCUUUUUCCACUCAAAACUGCGAACACAACCAGCAGGUGAUCUCGAGAGAUCCCGUCAAACUUACUGAACAACCAGGCAUUUCUACAAGGAACGCUGGAUCAAAAGGACAUUGCAGGCCCCGAAUUACGAGACACCUUGAUCUGAGCCUACCUGCCCUCGGGGCUGGGAAGGAGAGCUUAGAGUUGCUCCUUGCAACACUCAGGAAAAGGAAAAAGAUUGUUGUUGUGGCAGGAGCUGGUAUAUCAGUUUCUUCAGGAAUUCCCGAUUUUAGAUCUUCUCAUGGACUAUUUACAACACUGCGUAAAGACCACAAAUUGAAAGCGUCUGGAAAACAGCUCUUCGAUGCAUCUGUCUACCUAGAUAGGUCAAUGACUUCUACGUUCCACGACAUGGUUCGGUCCCUUUCGGAUAUGGCCGCGACAGCACAGCCAUCUGCGUUCCAUCGCUUUCUCAGCAACCUUGCCACAGAACAACGCCUACUACGUCUGUAUACUCAAAAUAUCGACGGUAUUGAUGAGUCCCUACCACUGUUGAACACUCAAGUACCGUUACCAUUGGGUUCCCCAUGGCCACGUACGAUUCAGCUCCAUGGUGGCUUGAAAAAGAUGACGUGCCAUAAGUGCAGACACACAUCCGAUUUCAAGGCAGAAUUAUUUCAUGGGCCCGAUCCACCACUCUGCGCCAAAUGCUGUGAAGCAGAUCUGCAUCGUAUGAAUACGGGCCAACGACGACGGGGAGUUGGAAAGCUAAGACCACGGAUAGUGCUUUACAAUGAAGAUAACCCAGAUGAAGAGGCGAUUGGCUCUGUAGUGAGAGCUGAUUUACGCACUAGGCCCGAUGCUCUAGUAGUGGUUGGAACAAGCUUAAAAAUACCAGGCGUUCGCCGCAUUGUAAAAGAAAUGUGCCGUGUGGUUCAUGGAAGGAAGGAUGGGGUUACCAUCUGGAUUAAUCACGACGCAGCGCCUCUUGGAAGAGAGUUUGAACAAUGUUGGGAUCUUGUGGUCAAAGGCAACUGCGAUGACGUUGCAGACCUUGCAGGUCUCCGAGGGAAGGAAGGCCAUUGCGAAAGUGAAGAUAUAUUCGACGUAUGUUCAGUAUCCGAGGCGGAACGACUUAAACGAGAACAAACGGAUAAAAUUGCAGUUGUUGUUCGAACAUCCACAGGAGUCGGUCAGGGAGAAAAAGUAUGUGCCACUACCCUUGCACAUUCGGGAAAUGCCAAAGGGAAAAACUCCUUUUUAGGUGAAUCACAACGGCCGAGGAAAGCCAGGGUACGUAAAACACUUUCUACGAAGGAGGCUCCAGGGCAAAGGAAGAUUCAAUCGGCUUUCCGGGUGAGCAAGUCGAAUACGAAGAAGGAAACGAAGCAGGCCAGUUCUGUGACCACCAAGCAGCAACCAUCGGGCGUCAUGCAUCCUGUAUCUCUUGUCACAGCCCGCAGUAGCGGGCCUAUAUUUCCAGGGUUAUUAUCCUCAUCUAACUCCCAGGUGCCAGGAGCCGCAUCAUGGAAUGAGUUUGAAAUUAUUUCCCCGUCAGGUUCCGUUCCUUCGGACAUACCGGGGAUUCUUGUUGAUUGA